AUGCCAUCCCCUGAAUUGGUACAUGACUUGCUACCAUCAGAGCAGUCUCCAGAAGACUCCCAGUCAGGCGGACAGAACGGCUCGACCGCGUCAGAUACGGCAGGUGUAGACUCCUUUGAAACCGCUUCGACGGCCGAUACUAUUUCAGAAGGAAAGCAGAACGCAAAGGCUAAGCUGGCAGCCUCAGGGAUGUCGGAAUCCAACGACCCCAAUGGCACGCCCCAUUCCAAUGGCACGAAUGGCUCUGCGCAAAGCAGGAAGCGAUCCCGCGACGGGUCAGUGAUUCUGGCCUCCGAUGUAUCGGGAACAAUGGCUGUCCGCACGCGCGAGACACCAGUUGAUAAAAUCCUGCUGGAGCAAUAUGUGAACCGCGAAUUCGACUAUGCGGCCGCGGCCGCUUGGCACAAUCCAAGCCAGGAAAUUCAGCAACAGAAGCAGUCAGAACGCGACUUUUAUCUGCGAUUACGGCGCGAGUACUCAGCCAAUCCAGCUGUGCUGUAUGGGAUGGGCUACGAAGGGUUUGGAAACCCACGGACGGAUAGGGGAAAUCAAAUCCCUCAGCUGUUGUACCCAUCCAACCGACGUCGGCCUGGAAACCGAAAGACACGAGAAUUACGAGUGUCCCGUCGGGAUUUAAAAGUGCAGAGUGAGCAGAUCGAAGACCUUGUGCCUAUUCGGCUCGACAUCGACUACGAGAAGAUCAAGAUCCGUGAUACUUUCACCUGGAACCUUCAUGAUCGCGUCGUGUCUCCGGAUCUAUUUGCUGAGAAGCUCGUCGAAGAUCUUGGUCUCCCAUUGGAGACAUCUGGUCACCUCAUUCGUGAGAUCUCCAAGAACAUUCAAGACCAGAUCGUGGAUUAUUACCCUCAGAUCUACAUGCACGAGGAGCCACUCGACCCUCAUCUGCCGUAUUCCGCUUAUCGGAACGAGGAGAUGCGCAUUCUGAUCAAGUUGAACAUCACAAUCGGACAGCACACCCUCAUCGAUCAGUUCGAAUGGGACAUCAACGACCCACAGAACUCGCCCGAGGAGUUCGCUCUGCGCAUGACGAAUGACCUCUCCCUCUCGGGUGAAUUCACCACCGCUAUCGCCCACUCCAUCCGUGAACAGUCCCAGAUGUUCACCAAGUCUCUUUACAUUGUCGCUCAUCCCUUCGACGGUCGCCCCAUCGAAGAUCCCGACCUCAGCGCUUCUUUCCUCCCUACUCCCGUAUCAUCCGCCUUCCGACCUUACCAGUCGGCCAAGGAGCACACGCCAUAUCUUUACGAACUGAACGAAGCAGACCUCGAGCGAACUGAGAUAUCAAUUUCUCGAGAUCUACGUCGCCAGAAGCGAUCUAUCAACCGGCGCGGUGGUCCCGCUCUACCGGACCUCAAGGACCGUCAACGUACCAUCCGGACCUUGGCCCUAUCAUCUGUCAUUCCCAACUCGGCCGCUACCAUGGAGGAGAGCAACGUGAUCAAACGUUCCGGUUCCAGUCGCCGCCGUGGAAUGGCAACACGUGGCGACGAAGAAUCAGAUGAAUUUGAUAGUGACGAUUCAUCUGUUGGGUCUCCAGCCAUCGGGCCGCAUCUCGCCCAGGGAACCGCCCGCACAAGAGGCAUGCGAGGCGCUGCAACGGCUGCUCAUGCAGCCCUACGUGCUAGUCUGGGACACUCCGCCACUCCAGAGCCGGUCAUUCAUGAGCCCCGAAUGUCUUCUCGGCGGCAAACGUACCGAGAAGAAAGCGUGGAGGAGCCCGAAAAGCUGAUCGUGCGGUUAAAGCUUUCUCGAGACAAACUUGUCGCUCUUAGAAAUGGACAGCGCAUCGUCGGCGCCCACCAAUCCUCCGUCCAUGCAGCCGCGAACGCCAUGGCACCACCGUCUGCCCAGUCUCGGCAAGCACACCACCCUCGACUUCAACAAACCGGAGCCGUGGACGCACCGAACCCGCCCCAGGCUGGGGUCCCAGGUCCCCCACCACCGACCUGGCUCCAGGCCGGCCUCAAUAAAUUGAAAGAAUCCCAUCCCAAUGAUUCAUUCGAAGGAGUGAUGCGCUAUUCCGCCGUGGAUAUCGAUACCCUCGCACCCGUGGCCAACACCAACACCCUGUCAUCCGGCCAGAAGAUCAAAUACCAAUACCUCCCUCGCAUCCGCUGUCAUGACUGCCCCGGCAAACUCUACACCCCCGGACCGGGCAUGACCGUCGACAAUUUCGAAGUCCAUCUCCGCAACCGACAGCACAAGGAGCGCGUUGAGGAACGCAUCGUGAAGACGGGUGGUAUCCCCAUUCCCUCCAGCGGCCACAGUGCUAGCGCUAGCCCAGCACCUGGCGCAGUGACUUCGGCGAGCGCGAGUCCUGCGAUCCGCACAACCCCUUCCCCUGCCACAGGGCCGCAAACAUAG